AGUACCAAGAAAACCUGAAGAUUGAACCGAGUUUUAAUUUCUUUGUAAGGAAUAUAGAGAGGUAGAUGUUAGGAAGAACGAAGUGGUGGUCGGGGAUUGGCUUCAGUAUGCAGUAAUGCGUAUGAGAGUGAGGGUCACGGUACGGCGUGCUUUACGAUUCUUUUUUUUUUUUAAAAAUCGCGCGAAAGUUUUUUUAUCCUUUAGGAAAUAUAUUUAGUGACCUACAGUUAUUAAAAAACUUAUUUUAGUAUUGGACGAAAGUUGUUUCGAAUGCUUUUCGACGGGAUUUGCUUUUUGAAGUAACAUAUGCCGUUUAACGGUUUUUCACGGUAGCGUUUUGAGUGUCUUACGUCAAAUAUAAAGUUUUGUGACAUGAAAAUUAACGUUAUUUGGAUUAACGUGUAAUUAGGAUUAUGUGUUAGUGACCUAACUGUGCGAUUUUCGAUUUUGACGGAUUGUUUUGUGUGAUAGUUGAAAAAUGCAUUCCAAAGGAUUUUAUUUUAUUGCUUUUUUGCAGUUUUGUAUUGUUACUUGGGCAUCGUCUGACGACAGCAACAGAGAUACCAGAGAAGGAGAGGACGUGACGUUGGAAUGCAGAUUCCAACCUCAAUCCUCUAAAGACACUCUAACCUAUUACUGGGCCAGAAAAAUAAAACAAACUCACGAUAACGUCGCCAUAGGAAAUGUUCCCUUAGAUACCAAUUAUAGAUUAAAUUAUCGAGUAGAUAAAGGUAUCUACGAUCUCUUGAUAUCGAACGCAAGUUACGAUCGAGAUAACGGAAUUUUCGAAUGUAAAGUAAAAGCCGGCGGUUCCGGUACCGAUCUCCACGCUCAAAGGUACUCUUUGACGGUACUCACAGUACCGCAACAGCCCGUCAUAAGUCCGAGUUCGUAUGUCACCGUCACCGAAGGGAAAAUACAAGAAUUGACGUGUUCCAGUAUCGGCGGAUCACCAGAUCCAGAAGUCAAAUGGUUCAGACAAGGUUCCCAAUAUCCUCUGGAAACCGAGUUAAAAAAUGGAGGAUCGCGAGAUCAACCCACUAUCGCCACCCUAGUCAUCAACCCUACGAAAGACGACGACGAGGCAGUUUUCCGUUGCGAAGUUUGGAACCGAGCCCUUCUCGAUGACAAGAAAUUAAUUUCAACGAUGACCCUAAGUGUUAACUAUUUUCCUCGCGUCGAAGUAGGACCUGAAAAUCCCUUGCGAGUCGAGAGGGAUUCCCAAGCUACCCUUCGAUGUUCCGUGGACGCCAAACCCAAAGUUACGACCAUCAGAUGGACCAGGAAUAACAGAUUCAUCAGCUCAUCUCACAAUCAUACGAUACAUAGAGUCAGCAUCCAAGAUGCUGGAAAAUAUACUUGUAUGGCUGAUAAUGGUCUGGGUAAAGUAGGAGAGAGAGAAAUAAUUUUGGACGUCUUAUAUCCACCAAUAGUUACACUAGAAGCCAAAACAAAAGAAGCAGAAGAAGGCGAAUCUGUUUUUAUAAAAUGCAAUAUAACCGCCAAUCCAGAUCCGAUUACUGUUGAAUGGGUAAAAGAUGGUAAACCCGACUUUAGACAAACUGGAGAUACGUUAAAACUGAGCCAUGUAACAGCUGAACAUUCCGGUACUUAUAUAUGCCGAGCUGUUAAUAUGAUAAGCCCUAGCGCUCCGCCAUUGAGAAUAAAUGAAAAAGUAGGAAACGCUUCUAUAGCUUUAUUGGUCAGGCAUCACCCAGGACGAGCUAGGAUAAUGCCUGAUAAACCGAUAGCAACGGAAGGAUCCGCUGUUACUUUAACCUGUACCGCUACCCCACCAGGCUGGCCAGCGCCUCAGUACCGUUGGUUUAAGAUAGAUCAAGAUGGUCAGAGUACCAUUUUAGCAACCGGAACUAAAUAUACCAUAUCCAACGCAAAUUUAGCAACAGAAGGAACUUAUCAUUGUCAAGCUACCAACGAAUUGGGUCCCGGAGAACUCGCUUCCGUUUCACUGGAAGUCCACGUUCCGCCAAGUUUCAAAACCAAACUCAAACCGCUAGAAAUAAAACGAGUAGGAGAGGGUAACUUUGCAGUCGCUUGUAGCGCUAGAGGAAAACCGAGACCGAUGGUGAAAUGGUUGAAAGAAGGUGACGAACUAACUGCUGACGCCAAUAUGUUUGAAGUUAAGACUGAUUAUUUGGAAACUAGUAACGGAGCUGUUAAUGUACAAAGCGUUUUGAAGUUUUCUGGCAAAGCUAGACCGAACGGUAACGAACUAUUGCCUUCAGAUAGGGGAGAAUAUUCUUGUACUUUCGAAAACGAGGUUAAAAAAACGGAAUCGACGAUGCAUUUAAAAAUCGAACACGAACCGAUAGUACUUCAUCAUUUCAAUAAAGUAGCCUACGAUAUAUCGGAACGUGCCGAAGUAUUAUGUAAAGUACAGGCUUUUCCUAAACCCGAAUUUAAAUGGUUAUUCGGAUCGAACGCUAGUCCUUUACAUUCAUCUUCCGAAGGACAUUACGUUAUACACACGACCAACGAUAAAGACAUAUACACGAGCGUCCUAAAGAUCAGCAACAUCAAAAAGCACGAUUACGGAGAAUACACUUGUCAAGUUAUAAACAAUUUGGGGGCCAUCGAAACUAAAAUUAAACUUCAAGCUAAAGGACCACCGGAAAAACCGUCUAAACUCACUUCCCUUUACAACGGACCCAAUUUCGUUACUUUAGGAUGGGAACCAGGGUUUAAUGGUGGAAUAUCCAAUACCAAAUACGUAGUUUCGUUUAAAAAGGUACCAAGUGACAACGAUAUUUUGAUCGAAGGUUGUAAUAACAUACCGAGAAGCGCCGAAUGGUAUGAAGUCGAUUGUCAUCAAAAUGUUCCUUGCAAUGUUUCCAAUCUUGAACAAUAUCAAACGUAUCUUUUCAAAGUUAAGGCUUUAAAUACGAAAGGCAUAAGUGAGAAUUCUCAAGAAAUUCGCCAACGAACACGAGUGAGUAAAAUACCGGCAGCUCACAGAGUGGAAUUCGACAAAAGUACCAACGUCUUAUCCGUAAAUAUUCCUUCUACUUGCCUUCCCCUCGUAGCUAUGGUAGAAACUAUCAGUCACGAAAAUCAUCCUAUCACCGAAUGGCAAGUCAUAGAUACGAUGGACCUUCAGGUAUCUGGUUUAACUUCAACUUAUAAGGAGAAGAAUUUAGAUCAAAUGGGUUCGAAAUAUUUUAAUGGGAGAGCCUUAGUAGACGAACCCAUCGGUGUUAAUGACGAUUACGUACCUAGAAUUAGGGUAAAAUUGUGCCUUCAAACUCAUUUAGAACAUUGCGGAGAAUUUACUUAUGCAGAAUACGGUACUGGAUUUAUUCGAGAAGCCGCAGCUAUAGCUACGCCCACUCUAAUAGGAAUAAUAGUAGCUUGUGUUGUACUUUUACUAUUUGUUGGACUUCUGUACGUGUUUUGUAGAUGUAGAAAAACCGAAUCGACGAAAAAAGUCCAAUCCAAAGAUUACGAAAUGGAUUCGGUCCAACCAACUAUGGUACCGCAACAAAACCAAGCACCACCACCAUACUAUCCGUCUACUGGAAUGGAUAAUAAAGCUUUAGAACAUUCUUUAGACCUAGCGCUAGCUUUGGAAGACCAGAAGUCUGUGUACGCUACUCAGAAUGGAUAUGGAUACCAUGUCGCUAAUGCUGAUAUACAAGCAAGACAAAAUAUCAAUAAUACUGAUUGGGCUAACAUGGGAUACAUCGAAAACAGUUACUCCAACUCCAACAACGGAGGUAGUGUGAACUCUCAAGACUCGUUGUGGCAAAUGAAAAUGGCGGCGGCAUCUAGUAAUUCAAACAACCAACUCCAACAGCAUCACAUAAAUGUAGAUAGACAAAAUUACGGUUAUGACCCCAUAACGCAUGGUGGUUAUGGAGCCGUCGACGAUUACGCCCCCUAUCCACACAUAACGACGCAAAGCAACCACGGGGAUGACUACAUCAGAAAUAGUAAUAAUCCGUCCAGACAAGACUAUUGUAGCGACCCUUAUGCUUCAGUACACAAACCUAAGAAACGUGUCGAGAUAGAAUCUCCAUAUCACGAUGUCAGCGGUCUGCCUGACCCAUACUUGGAGCAAAUGGAAGACGAAAAACCGCCCCAACACAUGUCACUUAGUUACGAAGAAAGCUUGGAAAGCGGUUACUCCACUCCUAAUUCAAGAACACGACGAGUUAUUCGAGAAAUAAUUGUAUAGAUUAUUUUCAGUGUUGCCUAACGUUCCCUUUUAUCAAAAUUCUUCUAUUUUGGUUCUAUACGUUCAUUUUUAUCCCAAAAUAAAAAAAAAAUAAUGCAAAGAUACAGUAUCGGAAAUAAAAUUAGAGUGCCUACUAGUCAAAAAAUAAGAAAUUUCCUUAUUUGGGGGGAGGACUGGAAGGAAAUAAUAAAAUAUUUAAUGGGAAAAGGAUAAGUUUUGAUCCCGAACUUUUAGUUCCAUUGAACGUUUUGAUAUUUCCUCACACGUUGGACUAUAUUUUUCUAAAAUGUAAUAACUAAGCGAAAUUAUUGUUAACGGGCAAACUUUAUGACUUGAUAAUAAAUAUUAUGAAGACUCCUAUUAAGUAGACUACUAAAAUGGGGUUUUAGUAUGUUCUAACUUUUUAUAUCUUUGUUUACAGUGUUGCGAGAUGAGAUUGAAGUAUCUCUAAAGACCUUUUAACGGGAUAAAAAUGAAUUUUUACAAUGUGCAUUAUUUUUUUUUUUUUGUUAUUCGACUAAAUGUGAACGUUCCAUGUUAACUUUCUUGAGUACCUGAGAGACUUUUUAUUUUCAAAGUGUUGCCGAGUUACCGUUUUUUGUUUCGUCGACAAAAAAACGAUUGUUUGCUGAUACAAGUGUUUUUGGCGUGCUAAAAUUGGUAGUGGUGAAAAAAAGAAUCGAAACUCUUGUGGAUUUUUUAGUGAAAUUCCUCGCUUAAUUUAAUAAAUCACAGUUUCGUAUAUUUUCUAUGUGCAAACGCGUAAUAUACAGGGUAAGAUAUUUUUGUUUCAUUUUGGAUGUUUCAUUAAAUCGUUUUGUAAAUAAAAAAAAAUGAUUAUAGUACCACCCACACAGGUAUCAUGAAAAAUCUGAUGAUUUUAAACAGUGAUUUGCCAUAUUUAUCGUUAACACAAUCGAAUAAUGCGGAAAAUAUGCAGUUUCCGUACGUGUUGUACACUAUACUUAUCCCACGACCUAAACGUGAUAUUUACCGACGUACAAAGUUGUACAUUUCUGAAUAAUACCUGCCCGGCUUAAAAUCUUAUUAAAAACUCGCUAAUUUGUCGUUUUUGAAAUUGCAGUAUCCAUUUAUCAAUCUCGCAGAUCUAAUAAUUGUAUUGGUUGACUUUGUUUCCCGAUUUUUCAACCGAAUUUAUUAAAUAAAAUGAACUCCAAACACAAUUCACCAACUAAUUCACAUUGUGGGCGGAUAAGGGGCCGUUCAGGCGGUUUAGCUUGAGCCCUUUGAUGUCAUUAGACGAGCUGUGAUUAAACUGCGUUUGUGUGAGUGCUCACAGAUGGCGUGGUCUGCGGUUUCGUCCUCCUCCAUGCACCAAAGUCACUGCGGAUCGUCCGUAAUGCCAAUUUCUCGCCUAAGCCACACCAAGGAUGAAUUCUGGGCCUAUCCUAGACUAGCGAGUGAGUCCGUCGAGCUGGAUCUUGCAGAAAUCGCUCACCAUGUUCUGUAGGACUCUCUUGCACUCCAGCACUAGCCUAAAGUACAUCUUUUCAGCCCUUAUGGUUUCCUGUGGCGUCGAAUCAUAGGAAAGUAUCUUUUUUUCCGAUUUUUCGACCGAUUAAUCGAAUAUAAUAAAAAUUCAAUAAAUAAAAACGUGAAAAAUAAUUAUUUUUGACUUUUUUCUUACUGUACGCCCCCCCCCCCAGCAAAUAGGCCUCCCAAAACAAGCGUUUCGUUUAACAUCUGACCUGACAUCUGAGACCUAGAUAAAUGGAUUCUACGACUUCGAAAACGCCAAACUAAAUUGUUUUUAUCAUGAUACUGAACCGAGUAGGUAUGAAUUAUGGCAAUUUUCUGCGUUAGAAUAUUAAAUUUCGUGAAGGUCGUCGAAAAAAAAAAAAGGCUUUUUUGAGAAAAUCUGUCCGUAUUGGAUGAUUUUCAAUCUGUAUAUAUAUACUUCCUAUUUUUAUCCUGAAAAAUUGGUAACACACAACACUAUAGGCUCGGAUUCGACAAUAAUUGAACUCCCUGUAAAGACGGAUAUGAAAAUUUUCAUGUAAAUCGAUGAUUAAAACCAUGGAUCCACCAAAAAACUUGAAAUUUAUCAUUUUCAUAGCUAAUUUUUUUAAAAAAUAAUGUUUUGAUGGGUAACUUUACGAUUUAAAAUAAAAAACCGAACUUAUCAAUUUUAUUAAGCGAGAAGCUCUAAUCUAAAACUUCUUUUUAAAUUCCUAUUAAUGUGAUUUUUCAAAAUAAAUUUGUUCAUUCUGAUGCCAACUAAAAAUAUCUUUUAAUGUUGCUGCUAGAUUCCGAUGCGUUUGACAUAACCUCAUAAUUAAUUGAUCGUUAUAAUUUACAUUCAAACUUAAAUUGGAUAUGAAUACUUUCAAUUUCAGUUGAUUGAAACAACCAUAAUAACUUUAUUAAUUCACGUAAUAAACAAUUUCCCAUACCAAAACAAAAUAUGUUUAUUUAUCGUAUCUGAUUAUUCAUAUGUUAACCUCUUUAUAAUUCAUAUUUAUCUAUGUGCGCAAUUUUUCGUUACAAUCGAUUAUUAAUCGAUUGGGAAUAGCUGUUUCCAACAGAAACGAAUAAUGCAAUUUCUCUUUUUUGAAGAUGAAUAAAUAGGGGAGAUUUGGUUCAAUAAAUUUAUAUAAGAUUUAUUUUUAUUGUUUUGAUGUAAAUCUGACGAAACAUUCUAUAGUUACAAAAAUGUAACUUUUGCAAAAAAAUUGUUGCACAAACAACGAAAUUAUUAUGCUGUUAAUACAAGAUAUAAAUUCAUACACAUUUCUAUAACGUUGCCAUAUUUUAAAAUAGUAUGGAUGUUGCAAACGUUGAGGUUAUGUUAUUAGUUUUGUAUGUACGAGGUUGGUUGGGUAUUUUUUCUUUCGAAUCAUGAAAUUGCCUAUCAAAUAUUUUCGUUCUAAUAAACUGAUUUUCUUAAGAAUCGAUUCACAUUAAAAUUUAUAAGUUCAAUAUUGCCGAUGCCUGGGCUACUAUUUCUCGAAUUAGCAUUUACGGUAAUAAAUGUAAUAGAAGUGUCAUUUUUCUUUAAUAUGCAAGGACUUUACAAGAAUAUGAAAUGUUCAAUUUGAAGAAACUUCUAUAGCUGCUAUGAAGUAAUUAUUUUUUAUUAGUGUAUGUGCCUAAGUUUCAUAAAUUUCCCAGCUGUGAGGGAAAGCGAAUAUUGAAGAUUUCAUAUUGUAAUUCAUUACUUAAUGUACAUUUUUUUUAUCAUUUUCUAUGAGGCUGCCAUUAUUUUUGAGGCUGAAAACGAUAUAAACGAAUGAACAAAUUAAGAAAAAAAAAUGUGAUUUAAAUUGCAAUACGCGAUUGUUGUGCUCUAUAUUGUUGUAUAUUGUUAAUAUUUAUGUUUGGUGUUAUUUUCUAGUAUUUUCUUUACCCUUCAAAUGAUUUGUUGUAUUAUUCGUAAAAUCUGAAGUAUCUCAAUAACUGGACUAUUUUUGAAACUUCCAUUAUAUCUACCAUUUUGUAUAAGCAUUAAAUUAAAUCGCCUUAUCUCAUUCUAACCUAAAGUUAGUAUUAAAUUUUUGUUGUAUUAUUACAAAUAUCCAUUAUUUAAUAUCUUUUGCAACAGGAUCAGUUGAAAGACACUCAAAACAAUACUAAAAAUCAUACCAUUAUGCCUAAAUAUUCCAGAACAAACACAGAUGUUCUAGAUUAUUAAAUAAUGUUCCUGAAUGUUCUUAUAUGAUCUAGAUUGACUUGAAUGUGUUUUGGAUUGAUAUGAAACGAUUCAAAAUGUACUAAAAACGAUACAGUUACGUUAAAGAUGUUCUAGAACAACCAAAGGUGUUUUACAUUGAGAAAUAAUCUUCUCGGAUGUUCUGAAACAAUCUAAAAUGACUUAAUAGUAUCCUAAAAUGAUCUAGAAUGAUUUUGUUAAAGGUGUUCUAGAACAAACAAAAAUGUUACUAGAUUAAUAAUUAAUCUUACUAGAUGUCUGAAACAAUUUAAAAUUUCUCGAAAGUGUCCUAAAAUGAUCUAGAAUUAUUUAUAAUGUUCUAGAUUGAUUUAUAUUGUUCCAAAAUGUACUAAAAACGAUACAGUUUUGUUAAAGGUGUUCUAGAACAAACAAAAAUGUUACUAGAUUAAUAAUUAAUCUUACUAGAUGUUCUGAAACAAUUUAAAAUUACUUGAAAGUGUUCUCAAAUGAUCUAGAAUUAAUUAUAAUGUUCUAGAUUGAUUUAUAUUGUUCCAGAAUUUACUAAAAACUAUACCAUUUUAUUAAAAGAUAUUUCAGAACAAACAAAUUAAUGAACAAUCUUUCUGGAUACUCUAUAACUGUAUGGAAGUGUUCUAAAAGGAACUAGAAUGAUUUAUAAUGUUCUAAAUUGACAUACGAUAUCCCUAAAUAUACUAAAAAUGAUAAAGAUGUACUAGAACAAACAAAAAUGUGCUAUGUUGAUAAAUAGUCUCACUGGAUGACUUGAAAGUGUUCUAAAAUGUUCUAGAAACAAUGUAGACUAACUUCAAAGUAUUGUAAAAUGAUCUAGAUUGAUAUUUAACGUUUCAAAAAGGAUUAAUAUUUUCUAGAACCAUCUAUUUUGUAGUGACUUGUCCGUGACAACCAAAAUGUCAUUAAGAUAAUGAUUUUGUUAAUGGUAUCUCUUUUUUUAGUAAUUAUUACAGUUAAAUGAUAUAAAUACAUUUUUGUUUACCCCUUAUCAAUUAUAAAAACAAAUAAUUUUCCCUAAUUGUAUAUAUAGUGGAUUUUUCUUUAUUAAGUAAUGUCCAAUUAUUGAUAUUCGAGAUUAGAAAAAAAUGUGCCAAAUGGAAAUAACACAAUUCAAAAUGUAUUUUAUUUUUAACAAAUAUGAACGUACUUAAUUAUUUGCAGUACUUAUUUUUGUUCAUACAAAUGAUCAUGAUCUCAAUUGAAUGAGUUUAUUUUUUUUGUGUUUUCCAAAUUUUUGCUUAUGAAUUGCAAUAACAGAUCUAAAUAUAAUUUAGGUAUAUAUUUUUGUAAUUUUUUAAAUGUAAUAUCGUUGUUGUAAUUCAUAAGAAAACAAUUUUUGAGAGAGAAAAAAUUGUAUAAGAGGAUCAUAUUUAAGAUAUUAUUUAUGGAAUUAAAGAAAGCGCAAAUUUAUAUUCUUACGGACGUUUCUGGAUAUGUAAAUGUUUCUAUGUAAAUAAAAUUAUAAAAAAAGACUAUUAUUUUGUAAAUUUAAGUUUUGUUUUAAGGAUAAGAUAUACAAUGUAUCUGUAAAUACAUAAUUACAAUGUAUGCACUUUAUUUGUAACUGAAUUUAUUUGUAAAUAAAUGUCUAUUUAAAAAG